AUGGCAUCCGGAGAAAGAACGACAAUGCGAAUGAACUUGGCCGACCUCAUGCGGUUGGCCGGUCAAGAAGAAGCUACAUCCUCUGGCAGCACCGAACCAGGUACAAUCUACUACUUGAAGACAGCGACACCACACUUGCAUGACGUCUCAGUCUCUGGCCCAUACAAGGACCUCGAGGCCGUUUAUGCCCAAGUCUGGCACAACUUUGGGGACGAAUGCCAGCACGGCCGGUCGAUGCUCGAGGACCUCAAAGUCAACGACCAACCUGUCGCCUUCCAGCACAUCGAGUCGCCCAUCUACGGCGACGCAAACAAGAAACGACGAAUCGAACUCAUUCCAAAGACGAAGCCGGAUCUCGCUGCCAAGCUACCUAGUCCCGUCUGGAAUGUCACCAAGGCUAAGAUCGCCAAUGAAGCUCUUGCUGCCGGCCCGACUGGCCCAAAUCGUGACGCACUGCCAGUCAAAGACGUGCAAAUCAUCGACUCGUUCGAAAGCGAGGCUUCAGCAAAGCAGGCAGCGCAGAAUGCGUUGCGCGAUAUCACUGGCCCAGGAGACAUGUCUCAGACUGUCUCGACCUCCCCGUUCGCUGCUGGAGUCAUCGGUCGCCAGGGUCUGAAGUGGGUCGUCACUGUGAACCGUGAUUCCGGAACUACUACGCAGCAGCAGUAG